AUGGACACCUUAGCAGAGACCUCGUGGGACGUGGUCAUUGCAGGAACAGGGCUGGCUCAAUCUCUAUUAGCCUUGUCUCUCUCUCGCUCGGGAAAGAAGAUUCUCCAUUUGGACCAGAACCAAUACUAUGGAGGAUCCGAAGCAGCUUUUAGUCUGGAUGAGGCUCAGGAGUGGGUGAACAGUGUCAACCAACAUCCUGGCCAGUCUCCAUUCGAAGAUGCCAAGGUUUUCACUUAUCCUCAAGACUGUCUGCAGUCCGCUUCCCAGCUCGGCUCUGAGGGUGGCGGUCGUUCAUCGGCCGUUCGCCCCAAGCUAGCUGCGAGUCGCGCCUACACACUCUCUCUUUCCCCGCAUUUCCUCUACACCCGCUCUGAACUAAUUUCAGUCCUAAUCUCUUCCAAGGUCUAUCGUCAGCUGGAGUUCAUGGCCGUAGGAAGCUGGUGGAUUCAUUCAGAACAUUUCAAUGCUGAGGAUAGCGAGCCCGGGGCCACGAGAAGCUUUCACCGUGUGCCCGGCAACCGCGAAGAUAUUUUCGCUGAUACUCAUAUCAGUAUGAAGUCCAAGAGAACCCUGAUGCGUUUCUUGCGACACAUCAGCAAGCCAGAAGAUGAAGACUCUGGGGAAGCAGAGGAGGACCUGUCGGCGCCUUUCGGUGACUAUCUUUCUUCCAAGUUUGGUGUUCCCCAGGACCUCCAGGGCCCUUUGCUCUCCCUGUCGCUCUCCCAGCAAACACUCCAGAAUACAUCGGCUAGCCAUGCCGUUCCUCGGAUCAAGAGACACCUUGCAUCAAUCGGUGCUCUUGGUCCGGGAUUUGGAGGAGUCAUUUCCAAAUAUGGUGGUGGGUCGGAGAUUCUUCAGGUCGCUUGCCGAGCCUCUGCAGUGGGCGGAGGUGUAUAUGCUCUCGACACGGGGAUUCAAUCACUUUCUGAUGGCGAGUCAGGUGAUUAUCCCGUGGAGUUACAGCUCUCCAACGGUGAGUCGGUUCGGACCAAAUAUGUGAUUGGUUCCGUAUGGGAUCUUUCUCCCACUCAGGAACGGACAUUGUCCUGUGCCCAAUUUACAAGGUCGAUUACUGUGGUUGCCUCGAAUUUCACAUCGCUUUUCCCUGUCACAGUGGAAGGGGCUCCCGUGCCGGCCAGUGCUAUCCUGAUGUUUCCAGGAGAAACAAUAGGCAGUCCUCAGUCGCCACCAGUGUAUCUCCAGGUUCACUCGAGUGACACCGGCGACUGUCCCCGUCAGCAGAGUAUCAUCUAUGGCAGUGUUUCUGUGACAGGUCUAGAAGGUCAAACUCUAUUGGAGUCAGCCGUGGACCGACUCCUUCGUGCUGAAGGACCCGAGGCUGUGGUGCUUUGGUCCAUGCGAUACAACCAGCAAGGUCGCCUCAGUAACGAUGGCUCAUCCGCUACCAUCCAAACUCAUUCACCUAAUGUCUACAGUUUCCCGCCCUCUGGCCUGGAUCUUGCCUUCGAGGAUGAAAACAUUGACAUGAUCAAGCAAGCAUGGUUGAAGGUUGCGGGUGAUGUAGACCCUGAUGACUUUAUGAUCUUUGACGAUCGUGAGGGUACUGAUGAAUGA